AUGGGUUGCAUUUGCGGAAAGCCAGAUCUUGAAAUUGGAAUGCAACAAUAUCGGAUACUAAAACCUUUCGCUAAAGGGGGCUUCAGUCAAUUAUUUCUGGUAGAAGAAUAUAAAACUGGUCAUAAAUGGGCCUUAAAACGAAUUGAUUGUUAUUCAAAAAGGGAUGUUGAACGCGUUCGGAAUGAAAUUGAUGUACAACGACGGUUCGGAAUGCAUCCGAAUAUUUUGUCACUGGAAUGUUUUACGGAUAGCAGGAUUCCGCAUGGCCUUCGAUUUUCACUUAUCUUUACCUUUUGCAAGCGUGGUAGUCUUCAACAUGAACUUACAAUCCGUCGUUCAUGCUGUGAUUACAUUUGCGAAGAACGGGUGAUACGUCUCUUUCUACAGAUUGCUUCUGCUGUUAAAUUAAUGCAUUCAUCCUCGCCUCCCAUUGCUCAUAGAGACAUAAAACCAGCCAAUGUUUUGCUGUCAGACGAUGAUUGUCCGAUACUAAUGGAUUUUGGUAGUUGUUUCUCGUGUCCAAUAAUAAUUAAUGAUGGAAAAGAUUCAAGAAUGCAGUUGGAUGAAGCUGGUGAAUUAUGUUCAAUGCCAUAUCGAGCUCCAGAACUUUUUGUUUGUGAGGUCGGUUCAACAAUCGAUCAAUCUGUAGAUAUUUGGUCACUUGGUUGUCUUUUAUUUGCUUUAUGCUUCUUCCGCUCACCAUUUGAUGAUAUCUAUGAACGUGGUGACAGCAUUGCACUCGCUGUUCAGUCAGGGAAAAUUACUUAUAUUGAAAGUCAUCCGUACAGUCAAAAAAUCCUAGAUACAAUCCAUGCAAUGAUAGCUGUCGAUCCAAAGAAUCGACCAAGUAUUACUUCUGUCUGUGAGCUGUUGGAAGGAUCCUAG